AUGGGAAUAACUACACACGCUUUGGACGUUGGUGCAAUGACCCCCUUCUUUUGGAUGUUUGAGGAACGUGAAAAAUUGUUUGAAUUUAGUGAGCGUGCAAGUGGGGCGAGAAUGCAUGCAAAUUAUAUUCGGCCUGGAGGAGUUGCCUGGGAUAUUCCUCUUGGACUUUUGGAUGAUAUUUAUGAUUGGUGUGUCAAAUUCCCUUCGCGGAUUGAUGAACUUGAAGAUGUUUUGACAGAAAAUAGAAUAUGGAAGAAGAGAACUAAGGAUAUUGGGAUUGUUAAAGCUUCUGACGCUCUGAAUUGGGGCUUUUCUGGUGUUAUGUUGAGAGGUUCUGGUAUAAAAUGGGAUCUUAGAAAGACGCAGCCUUAUGAUGCUUAUUCUCAAGUUGAAUUUGAUGUUCCUGUUGGUACGCAGGGUGAUUGUUAUGAUAGGUUUGGAUUUUUUAAAAUUAAUUUUCUGGCUCUUGUCCAGUUUAUGCGUCCAAUCGCAUCUUUAUACGUCCAACAACCUUUAUAA